CACACUCACACACACUCACACACACACUCACACACACUGUAUAAUGACGAUGGUCGAUACGUCAUUUCCGGUGCCGUGUUGUUGGACUCCAUUUUCCAGGAGAAAUAUCAGAGAGAAAAACAUCAUCCUGAGCAGUAAAAUGCUGUGAUGUUGGACAGUGAGAAUGAAACCUGCUGUUGGGACGUGACCCACAGAGAUGUUUUCAUCCUUACUGCAGUUGUCCUGUCAGCAUGAUGACUGACACUCCUGGGUGGUGAGGAGGCAGAAGUGUGUGUGUGUGUUCUGAGGUUUGUUUAUGGAAGAAACAUGGAAGAACAUGGAGCUGACAGUCCCAUCACCCUGAUCAUUCGAGCACCAAACCAGAAAUACGACGAUCAGUCAAUCAGCUGCUUCCUCGACUGGACAGUAGAGAAACUGAAGAAACACAUCACUAAUGUUUAUCCCAGCAAACCAUUGUCCCGAGAGCAGCGGCUUGUUUACUCUGGACGCCUUUUACAGGAUCACCAGCAGCUCCGUGACGUUCUCCAAAAGCAGCAGGACAAGUGUCACAUGGUCUACCUGGUGUGUGCACCCCAGAAUCCCCCAGCUGACCCCUUAGUGACCUAUGACCCUGGAUCUACAGAUGCUGACUCUGCUGACUCUGCUGACUCUGCUGACUCUGCUGACUCUGGCCCUGCUGCCUCACCGUUCAGUCAGAACAUCCCAAACCUCCCCUUCUCAAUAAAUACAGAUGGCGUUCGGCAUCGAGGAGGUUCUGCUCACGCUCAGCAGCGGCCUGAGCAGUUUGUACCCCCUGCCACACUUCCGUACUCUCCCGUGCAGAUGAUGUGGUGGCAGCGUGUGUACGUGCAGCGAUACUACAUGCACUAUCAGGCUGCAAUGGCUGCCGCUCAGGCCACACCUCCUACGGUUAACCCCGGCCCAUCAGUCACACCAGCUCCAGCCCCAGUUCCUGCUAACCCCGUCCCACUGGAGCAACCAGCAAAUCAGAACCCUCAGAUGAACGUUCAGGGCGGGGCCGUGCAGAACGAGGAUGAGCUGAACCGUGAUUGGCUGGACUGGCUUUACACAGUAUCACGUGCUGCUGUCCUCCUCAGCAUCGUCUACUUCUAUUCAUCUUUCAGCCGCUUCAUCAUGGUGACUGGCGCCAUGCUGCUAGUCUACCUUCACCAGGCAGGUUGGUUCCCCUUCAGGGUGGAGCUGCAGAACCUUGGAGCAGCAGACCGAGCUCCAGCUGAGAACGACAUAAACCACAACAUGCAGGAAAUGGAGCGCAUUAUGGAUGAUGGUCUUGAGGAUGAUGAUGGUGACAGUAGUGAUGAAGGCUCCGAUGAAGCCGCCCCUCCACGGCCGAGCUUCCUCACAUCCACCUGGUCAUUUAUUAGCACCUUUUUUACCUCUCUGGUUCCUGACGGUCCUCCUCGUGGCACUAGAUAAACACCACGUGCGCACACACACACACACACACACACACAGAGUGGACAUUGACCCCUUACAAAUCUAAACAAAUACAAAAACAGCAGCAUUGUGGUCGACAUGUCUGCCCUGUUUCAGCUGAAUGAAUGAAGCUGCUAGAGGUUUUUCUCCACCGCUGUUCGGUUCUUCAUCAUGUGAGAGAAUAAGUGAAACAUUCCUGCUCUUGUCCUCCCCAUAACAUCAUCAUCAUUUUAUCUUGGGUGACUACUUCAGGUCCUCAGGUUCAUUCAUUGUUUGUAAAUAAAUGUUAUAUUUGCAUUUGCACCUCAUUGGUCUGAAGUGUAUUUUACAUUAAACAGAUGAACCACA